AUGAAGGUUGAAUGCACAAAUUUAUUUCAACCUGGAAAAGACAAGAAGAUCAAAACUGUGCUGACAAAAGGAGUUGCUGGCAUCGGAAAAUCAGUCUCUGUGCAAAAGUUUGUUGUGGAUUGGGCUGAAGAAAAAGAAAAUCAGGAUAUCAGCUUUGUAUUUCCUCUUCCUUUCCGGGAGAUGAACUUAAAGGAGGAAGAAAACCAAAGCUUGAUGAGCCUUGUAAGUCAGUUUUUCCCUGAGACAAAGGGACUGAACCUUACAAGAAGGAAUCAGUUCAAAGUCCUGUUCAUCCUUGAUGGUUUGGAUGAAUGCCGUCUUCCUCUAAACUUUGAGGGUAAUGAGACAUGGCGUGACGUCUCGUCACCAGCCUCUCUGGAUGUUCUCCUCACAAACCUCAUCAAGGGAAAUCUGCUUCCUUCUGCUCUCAUCUGGAUCACCACCAGACCAGCAGCUGCCAGUAAGAUUCCUCCUGACUGUAUCGACCGGGUAACAGAGGUCAGAGGGUUCAAUGAUGCACAAAAGGAGGAGUACUUCAGAAAAAGAUUCACUGAUCAGAAUCUGGCCAGUGAAAUCAUUGAUCACGUAAAAAAAUCUAAGAGUCUGUUUAUCAUGUGCCACAUCCCAGUCUUCUGCUGGAUUUCAGCCACUGUUCUCCAGAAUAUUUUGGAGGAGAAAAGAAAUAAUGAUCUGAAAAACAAUCAGGCUGAUGACGCCUCCAAAAUACUGCAGGAAUCAAAUACUGAAGACAUUCCUAAGACUCUGACACAAAUGUACACACACUUUCUCCGCUUUCAGAUCCAGCAGAGCAGACGAAAGUAUGAUGGAGAAUACACACCAGAUGUUUCCUGGGAUAAAGAUGCUAUCCUUUCACUGGGGAAACUGGCAUUUCAUCAGCUGGAAAGAAAUAACUUGAUCUUCUAUGACACAGAUCUGGAAACCUGUGGUAUUGACAUUUAUAAGGCAUCAGUGUAUUCAGGCAUGUGUACCCAGAUCUUUAAGGAGGAAACAGGGAUUAUUCUUGGUACCAUGUACUGCUUUGUUCACUUGAGCAUUCAAGAGUUUAUUGCAGCCCUUUAUGCACAUCUGUUUCUAGACAUCAACAAGAAAAGUGUGUUUUUUCAAGACUCUACAGUACAGGAAAACAAAAAUGAAGCCAUGAUUGAUUUGCUCAAGACUGCAGUGGACAAGGCACUAGAGAGUGAUAAUGGACACCUGGAUCUUUUUCUUCGAUUCCUCCUUGGUUUGUCACUCCAGUCCAAUCAGAGACUCUUACAGGGUCUGUUGACGCAGCAAAAUAGAAAUGAGCAGAGCACAAAGGAAAUAGUUCAGUACAUCAAGCACAUCAAGCUGGAUAAUUUGUCUCCAGAGAGAUCCAUCAAUCUGUUCUACUGUCUGAAUGAACUGAACGACCUGAACGACCAGAAAGAGAUUCAGACUCACCUUAACAAAGGAAGUCUUUCAUCUUCUGAUCUUUCACCUGCCCAGUGGUCUGCUUUGGUCUUUGUGUUGUUGACAUCAGAGGAGGAGCUGGAGGAGUUUGAGCUUCAGAAAUUCAAGAAAUCAGACGAGUGUCUCAUUAGAUUAUCAGCAGUCAUCAAAACCUCCAAAAGAGCUCUGCUAAAUGAUUGUAACUUAACAGACAAAAGCUGUCCAGCUCUGGCUACAGUUCUUGGAUCAGAUACCAGUCUGAAAGAGCUGAACAUGAACAAUAAUAAUCUGCAGGAUUCAGGAGUGAUUCAUCUCUGCACUGGACUGAAGAGUGUAAAUUGCAAAUUAGAGAUACUGAGUGUUCUCCAGAACAUUUUAGAGGAGAAAAGAAAUAAUGUUGUGAAAAACAAUCAGGCUGAUGAUGCCUCCAAAACACUGCAGGAGUCAAAUACUGAAGACACUCCUAAGACUCUGACACAAAUGUACACACACUUUCUCAGAUUUCAGAUCCAGCAGAGCAGACGAAAGUAUGAUGGAGAAUACACACCAGAUGUUUCCUGGGAUAAAGAUGCCAUCUUUUCACUGGGGAAACUGGCAUUUGAUCAGCUGGAAAGAAACAAUGUGAUCUUCUAUGACACAGAUCUGGAAGCCUGUGGUAUUGAUGUCUAUAAAGCAUCAGUGUACUCAGGCAUGUGUACCCAGAUCUUUAAGGAGGAAACAGGGAUCGUUCUUGGUACCAUGUACUGCUUCGUUCACUUGAGCAUUCAAGAGUUUAUUGCAGCCCUUUAUGCACAUCUGGUUCUAGACAUCAACAAGAAAAGUGUGUUUUUUCAAGACUCUACAGUACAGGAAAACAAAAAUGAAGCCAUGCCUGAUUUGCUCAAAACUGCAGUGGACAAGGCACUUGAGAGUGACAAUGGACACCUGGAUCUUUUUCUUCGAUUCCUCCUUGGUUUGUCACUCCAGUCCAAUCAGAGACUCUUACAGGGUCUGUUGACGCAGCAAAAUAGAAAUGAGCAGAGCAAAAAGGAAAUAGUUAAGUACAUCAAGCAACAAUUUGAAGCUAAUCUGUCUCCAGAGAGAUCCAUCAAUCUGUUCUACUGUCUGAAUGAACUGAAUGACCAAACUCUGGUGAAAGACAUUCAGACCCACCUUAGCAAAGGAAGCCUCUCAUCUGCUGAUCUUUCACCUGCCCAGUGGUCUGCUUUGGUCUUUGUGUUGUUGACAUCAGAGGAGGAGCUGGAGGAGUUUGAGCUUCAGAAAUUCAAGAAAUCAGACGAGUGUCUCAUUAGAUUAUCGGCAGUCAUCAAAACUACCAAAAGAGCUUUGCUAAAUGAUUGUAACUUAACAGACAAAAGCUGUCCAGCUCUGGCUACAGUUCUUGGAUCAGAUACCAGUCUGAAAGAGCUGAACAUGAACAAUAAUAAUCUGCAGGAUUCAGGAGUGAUUCAUCUCUGCACUGGACUGAAGAGUGUAAAUUGCAAAUUAGAGAUACUGAGGUUUCUGAAAAGUGCUGCUGCACAGGAAGCAUGUGAUUAUCUCACUGAAGUUCUAGGUACAAGUCCAUUAGUACUGAAAGAACUGGAUCUGAGUGAAGUUAAAUUAGGAGACCUGGAUGGAGGGAAACUCUCUGCUCUUUUUAUGGACUCUCAUAGCAAACUGGAGAAAAUUAAGCUGAAUAAUUGUAGGCUGACAGAGAAAAGCUGUUCAGUUCUAGCUACUGUUCUCUCCUCCAAAACCAUCCUGAAAGAGAUGAACCUGAACAACAGCCGUCUGCUGGACUCAGGAGUCAAAGAGAUCUGUGAGGGACUGAAGAAUUCUGUGUGUGAGCUGAAGAUACUCAAACUUUCAGACUGCAGUAUCACUGAAGAAGGUUAUCUAGCUCUGGCUUCAGCUCUGAAAUCAAACCCUUCACACCUGAUAGAGCUGGAUCUCACAGGAAAUGAUCCUGGACAAUCAGGAGUGAAGGAGCUCAAUGAUUUACUACAGGAUCCAAACAAUCAACUAAAGACACUGAGGUUUUUGGGUCCUGUUGCUGAUGAAGCCUGUCAGUAUGUGACUGGAAUUGUGGGUAAAAACCCGUUACUCCUGAGAGAGCUGAAUCUGAGUUUACAUGAACUAGGAGACACACGAGUGAAUCAGAUCGCUGCUCUACUGCGGGAUAAACACUGUAAACUCAACACACUGAUGCUGUGUGAUUGUGGUCUAACAGACGAAAGCUGUUCAGCUCUUGCUACAGUCCUAAGAUCAAACUCCAGUCUGAAAGAACUUGACUUGAGCAACAAUAAUCUGCUGGAUUCAGGAGUGAAGAAACUCCAGAAUGGAUUAGAAAACACAAACUGCACACUGGAGAACCUCAGACUUUCAAACUGCGGUAUUUCUGAAGAAGGUUAUAAAGCUCUGGCUUCAGCUCUAAGAUCAAACCCUUCACACCUGAUAGAGCUGGAUCUCACAGGAAAUGAUCCUGGACAAUCAGGAGUGAAGGAGCUCAAUGAUUUACUACAGGAUCCAAACUGUCAACUGAAGACACUGAGGUUUUUGAGUCUUGCUGCAGAUGAAGCCUGUCAGUUUUUGACUGGAGUUAUGUGUAAAAACCCAUUACUCCUGAGAGAACUGAAUCUGAGUGAACGUGAACUAGGUGACACACGAGUGAUUCAGAUCGCUGCUCUACUGCAGGAUAAACACUGUAAACUCAACACACUGAUUCUGUGUAGAUGCAGUAUUACAGAGAAACAGUGUCUCAUCCUGACUUCAGCUCUGAAAUUAAACCCAUCACUCUUGAGAGAGCUGGACCUCAGUGAGAAUGAACUAAAAAACACAGGAGUGAAUCACUUAUGUGACAUACUGAAGGAUUCACACUGUAAACUGGAGAGAUUGAGACUUUCAGACUGCAGUAUCUCUGAAGAAAGUUAUAAAGCUCUGGCUUCAGCUGUAAGAUCAAACCCUUCACACCUGAUAGAGCUGGAUCUCACAGGAAAUGAUCCUGGACAAUCAGGAGUGAAGCAGCUCAGUGAUUUACUACAGGAUCCAAACUGUUGGCUGAAGACACUGAGGUUUUUGGGUCCUGCUGCAGAUGAAGCCUGUCAGUAUGCAACUGAAGUUCAGGGUGAAAACCCAUUACUCCUGAGAGAACUGAAUCUGAGUUUACAUGAAUUAGGAGACACACGAGUGAAUCAGAUCGCUGCUCUACUGCAGGAUAAACACUGUAAACUCAACACACUGACUCUGUGGGAUUGCAGUAUUACAGAGAAACAGUGUCUCAUCCUGACUUCAGCUCUGAAAUCAAACCCAUCACACCUGAGAGAGCUGGACCUGAGUGGGAAUAAAAUAGAAAACACAGGAGUGAAUCACUUAUGUGACGUACUGAAGGAUUCACACUGUAAACUGGAGCAAUUGAGGUUAAGCUGCUGUUAUAUGACAGAUGAAGGUUAUUCUGCUCUGACUUCAGCUCUGAAAUCAAACCCAUCACACCUGAGAGAACUGAACCUGAGCGGGAAUAAACUAGGAGACUCUGGAGUGAAAAACCUCAGUGAUCUACUGAUGAACCCACAAUUCAAACUGGAGAAACUACAUCUGUGUGAAUGCAGUAUUACAGAGAAACAGUGUCUCAUCCUGACUUCAGCUCUGAAAACAAACCCAUCACACCUGAGAGAGCUGGACCUCAGUAGGAAUGAACUAAAAAACACAGGAGUGAAUCACUUAUGUGACGUACUGAAGGAUUCACACUGUAAACUGGAGAGAUUGAGGUUAAGAUACUGUUAUAUGACAGAUGAAGGUUCUUCUGCUGUGACUUCAGCUCUGAAAUCAAACCCAUCACACCUGAGAGAACUGGACCUGAGAAUGAAUGAACUAGGAGACUCUGGAGUGAAAAACCUCAGUGAUCUACUGAUGAACCCACAAUACAAGCUGGAAAUAUUAGAUUUGAGUGAAUGCAGUAUUACACACGAACAGGGGCUCAUCCUGACUUCAGCUUUGAAAUCAAACCCAUCACACCUGAGAGAGCUGAACCUCAGUGAGAAUCAAAUAAAAAACACAGGAAUGAGUCACUUAUGUGACGUACUGAAUGAUUCACACUGUAAACUGGAGACAUUGCGCCUAAAUUUCUGUGGUAUUACAGACGUUUCUGCUUUAACAAACGCAAAAGCACUGCAGUUUCUAAAACAGCUUGAUCUGAGAAACAACAUGAUUGGAGACUCAGUGAAGCAGCUCAUUCAUGUGCUACAAGACUCAAACUGUGAACUGAGACUAGAUCGUGAACAGCCUUUGUUUAGAGCUGCUACAAAGCACACUGGUAUGCAUUUUACAUCCUGGUCUAAAUCUUAGAAACCUGUGAAAUGAAAAGGAGC